AUGGGGCUGAAAGUGAGGAGGAGAGAAGACGAAUUCGUCGAGAAAUUUGACGAGGGUGCCUCAGUUGCAGUUGUGCAGUCUAAUACUUUGUGCAGCUGCUACUUUGUGCUUUUGAUGCUAUACUCUGCUGCUGUUGGUGCUUUGGAUUUCCUUGUACAGCUGUUGCAUCUGUGCUUCUGGAACUGUGCUAUGUUACUGUUUCAGUCUGCUUCAGUUGUUGUUGUCUCUGCUGCUGUGUUGCCCUGCUGUUACUCCUGUGCUAUUGUUGGGGUAGCUGGAGUUUCAUUUUUCUACACAACUGGUUCUGAGUUUGAGGAGAUUUGUCAUUAUCAUUAUUGGCGCUAUAAGAAUGAUGUUAGAGAUCACCUAGUUUGUAAUGGUUUUGUGCCAAGGAUGGACAAGUUGUCAGAGUUAGGGAUCAACAUCGAAACUGAAGGAACGAUAUUUGAUCAUGAAGAACAAUCGAUCAUAAAUGAUUGGAAAGAUGAUGUAGCAGAGUUGUUGCAUGGGGUACAAGAUGCUUUUAGAGAGGGGCCAAAUGAUGAGGCCAAACAGUUUUUUAAGUUGGUAGAAGAAGGUCAGGAGGAAUUGUAUCCUGGUUGCAAGAAACAUUCUAAACUCUCCUUCAUGAUCCGACUUUUUAUUUAUAAGUGUGAUGUUCGGUUACCUAAUUGGUGUUUUGAUUUGUUAUUGGAGAUUUUUAAGGAGGUGUUGCCUGAUGCAUCAAAAGUCCCUGCCUCUUUUAAUGAAGCGAAGACGGUUCUUAAAGUUUUAGGCAUGGAUUACACGAAGAUAGAUGCAUGCCCCAAUGAUUGCAUGUUGUAUUGGGAGGAGCAUGCAAAUGCAACAUGUUGUCAUGUUUGUGAAACGCCUAGAUGGAAAUCGAAUGGCAAAGAUCCAAACGUACAACAAGAAAAUGGAAAGACUCAUAAGAUUCCUAGAAAGAUUCUUAGAUACAUUCCGAUAAAAAAGAGGUUGCAAAGGCUAUUUAUGUGUGAAGAAACAGCAACAUACAUGACAUGGCAUGCUAAUGGGCAUGAAACGGUUGAGCUUUUACUAUUAGGCAACGAAAUUUAUAUAUAUUUGCAGCCCUUGAUUAAAGAUUUAAAGGAUUUGUGGGAGCAUGGGCUAGAAACUUAUGAUGUUUCAAGCAAUCAAAGGUUUGACAUGCGUGUAGCAGUGAUGACUACUGUGAGUGAUUUUCCCGCUUAUGCAAUGUUGUCAGAGUGGAGUACAAAGGGUUAUUUAGCAUGGCCUUUAUGUCAUUAUGAAACUGAUGGCCAAUGGUUAGAUCAUUCUAAAAAGGGAACUGAUAUUGUGAAUUUGUUGCUUGAUUUUCCAAAUGAUUUUGGAAAUAAGGGAACGAGAAAAAGGCGUGAUGAGGAAGAUCCAAACCCAUGGAGAAAGAAAUCCAUAUUAUUCAAGUUGCCAUAUUGGAAGCAUUGCUCUACUCGUCAUAAUCUUGACGUAAUGCACAUAGAAAAAAAUGUGUUUGAUAAUGUCAUUGGGACAUUGUUAGACAUCCCCGGAAAGAUCAGGGAUCAUAAAAGUGCUCGUCGAGAUUUGUUAGAACUUAAAGUGAUGCCCGAGCUUCAACCUAUAGUAUAUGACGAUGGCAGCGAAGAAUUCCCAAGGUCUAGGUUCUGGAUGUCAGCGGAACAAAAAUGCAAGUUCUGCCAGGUUAUUAAAAAUGUUAAGUUACCUCAAGGGUAUGCUUCUAAUAUUUCUCGAUGUGUGCAAGUUGGAGAAAGAAAAAUCACAAGCUACAAGAGCCAUGAUGCUCAUUUUAUGAUGAAUUAUCUGCUCCCUAUUGCUGUUAAGACAACAUUACCAAAAGAUGUUGCAACUCCUUUGAUAAGACUUAGUGCAUUUUUUAAGGGAAUUUGGAGUAAAGAUGUAGAUCCUCGACAUCUUGACAAACUCCAUUCUAAGAUAGUCGAAACUCUUUGUCUGUUAGAAGGUAUUUUCCCACCUGCCUUUUUUGACAUAAUGGUUCAUUUACCUGUACAUUUGGUGGAACCAAUUAAGCUAGGUGGUCCUGUUGGAAAUAGGUGUAUGUAUGGAAUUGAGAGGUAUCUGUGGGAGUUAAAACAGGAUGUUCAGAAUAAGGGUCGUCCGGAAGGCUCGAUGGCAGAGGGAUACCAAGCUAAAGAAUGUGCUGCAUUCAUUGCUAGAUAUUUGAAAAAGUCAAACAAUCCUUCACAUAGAGUUGAUAAUCAUAGCAAAUCAAAGUCAUUUUUCCCUAAGGUAGGACGUCCUAUCAAGGGAAAAUGA